AUGUUCAAGUCCGUGUCCGACAUUCUGAAUAUGGGCUCCAGUGAGGAUCAGAAAGGUGCCAGGGAGGAGCUGCGAGAACAGAUGCUGAGCAGCAUGACUGCAGUGCUGAAGAGUGUCCCCAACAACACUCCUCAGGAAGUGCAGGUGAUGGCCAGAGCAGUGGCAGGGAUCACCAAGCGGGGGGACGAGGUCAAUUCCGCUGCUCAGCUAGAAGCUAGCUCCCUGGUGGCAGACCUCAGCUCUUCCCUCCUCUAUAUGAAUGUCAGUGAGCAUGGUGGAGAAGAGAUGGUGCAGGCAACUACACCCAUAGUAGAGGCAGCCAGCAAUAUCCUGGGAGUCUCUUCAAAUGCAAGCACACAGAGAAAGGUCUCAAAGAUUCUCCUUAACAGUAUGGACAAUGUGCAGAGUGCACUGUUAAAUGGGAAAAAGGUUGGUCAGGAGCCUACCAUUAUCAAGAGCCCUGAGAUCAGUGUGUAUGCUAACAGAAUGUCUCCAAAUAGCAUUCAGAUGCAGUCUAUAAACAUCCCAGAUAGCUCCUCUGCAAGCUUUUCCUUCCCUCCCCUGGGUGCUGACGUCCUUUCUCCAGAUGAACAAGUGGAUGUGCGAAUGCUGAGUUUUGAGAAGAACCCUUAUUCUUGGAGUGAAGGAGGUAACAUCAGUGGCGCCAUGGGGUCUGUGUCUCUCACCAGACAGGAUGGAUCAGCCAUCCCUGUGGAGAACCUGUCUGAGGAGAUUGAG